ACUGUCAGAAGUAGACGUUUAAAUUAUAUUUUUGAAGGCUCGUUAGUAAAUGCCUCGUUUAUUUUUAAUAAGCAGAGAUUGGUGAAACUGGGUCUUAGAGGAAAUAUAGGAAACAUAUACUGAUAAGUUUCGAGAUUGAAAGAUAGAGGCUUUGGUUGACACACGUGUGAGGGAAACUAUGGUGUUUUUAAUCCAUCAUUUCUCUUUAUUUUUUCGAGUUGUCUUAAAUCAGAAUAGUGUUUAGUUUUUAGUUUAUGUGUAUUAUUAUCACCUAGUUAUAGUGGUUCGGCGUUUACUAACCUAUUGCAACCUUUUUAUCUAAUAACAAAGUGCCUGAUUGUGUCUCCAGUCGAAGCUGUUAAAUUUUAUUACAUUUCUAAGUUAAUCCCGGAUCGUGUCUAAAUCUAUGCUACACGACACUGGCAGAAUAGACUGUACACGUCUUUGCACGGAUGAAGGCGUAUUCAAAACAAUCAACCAACGAGAAAUUGAGAUUUGAGAAAAGAAAGUUAAAUUGAAUAGAAUUGUAAUGGACGACACCGAGCUAGAGAACUUACGAAAACAGUGCGUGAGCAAUCUGUAUAAAUGUUCGGAAAACGUAAUAAAAAAUUUUCAAGAGGAACAGGAAGAGAAACUCACAACACUUAAAUUUUAUUUGGAACGUUAUUGCAUACAUGAAGCGGAACAAAAUGUAUUAAGGGAGGUUUCCGAAAAAAUCAAGAGUGAUUCAAAUGCAUCAAACAUUAAUAGCAUUAAUAAAAGAUUUGAUAAAUACUUAAAAGACAUGACCAAGAGAGUCAAAGUCAAGGAUCAUCCACUUAUGGUAAAAAUGAUGAAAGUAAUAGAAAAAGGGCAAACGGUUAGAGACGGAAAUUUAGAUGAAUCCGAUGUGGCUAUAACUCAGACAGAUGAGGCGUUCAUUGAUCCCCUAACAAUGAGGGUCAUACAGGAUCCAGUGAGGAACACACUCUGUGGUCAUGUCUAUGAACGGGAGGCCAUAAUCGCUCACAUACGGGGCCGGAAAAAGAAAACUUUGUGUCCAGUGGUGGGCUGCCGUAACACGGAACCGUUGCGAGUGGAGCAGCUCGUGCCCGACGAGGACAUUAGGCUGCGAGUCACACAGAUGCUGAACCGGAGUGUGGACAACGAAGCUGAAAGUGUAGACGAAAGCAUAGACGCGCUGUGAACAGUCGUUGUGAACACACACUGAAUUAUUCUUCAUUACACACUUGGUUAUUAAAAGCAUUUAUAGCUUAAUGUGGAAUAAGUAUAGUUUAUGAGGUUAUUCUCGGUGUAUUUUUUACAUCACUGCGGUAACAUUAGUCACAAAGAAAGACACGAUAACUUGCAGAACAAUUUUAUUGAAGCCGGAAUCUAUGACUAUUACAAAAUUUCUUAUAAUAAUA